GUUUACCCUAAACUAAUUAAUGCGUAGGACUUUGGGGGGAAGGCGUAGUAUUACCUUGGCGGGCGGGUUCUCGAUCCUCUUUCAACUUUCCAAUCGAUACCAUUUGCAUCCUCCUGCCUUUUUGCUUCUCAAAAUUGAAGCUUUGGAAAACCACGCAGAAAUUUGGCUCUAUGUUUAGUAAUUUCAGAGCUUUAAUUGGGAUUAGAAAGCAUCCAAUCUCGAAUGAGGGAGAAGAAACCCGGAUUCGCGGUCCACACUAAUAGAGCUCCCGACUUGAAAUUUGAUGGUUUUUUACUUGGUUUAAGGCUUCACUUCUGGGUUCCAAUGUCAUGAAGGAUUCGCACCUGCUUUAACCUUGCUUUCAAGAAGCCAUCCAUGGAUAGUCUCCAAAUAUAUGCAGAUAAUAGUGAUGAGGAAGACCUAAGUCACCAGCCAUCUACUCUGUCUGCAGACUCUUCACCUCCACGGCUCAUCCCCUCCAAAUCUGCAGCACCAAAGGUUGAUGACACAAUGCUUGCCCUAACUGCAGCAGAAGCACGCCAAGCCCAAUCAAGGCCCAUUGAUCCAACCCAGCAUGUUGUUGCCUUCAAUCCAACCUAUGACCAACUCUGGGCUCCAACCUAUGGCCCAGCUCAUCCAUAUGCAAAGGAUGGCAUUGCCCAGGGCAUGCGCAACCACAAGCUGGGAUUUGUUGAGGAUGCCUCCAUCGACUCUUUUGUUUUUGAUGAGCAAUACAACACCUUCCACAAAUAUGGUUAUGCGGCCGACCCUUCAGGAAGCAACUAUAUUGGUGAUUUGGAUGCUUUACAGAAGAAUGAUGCCAUUUCAGUCUAUAACAUCCCACAACAUGAGCAAAAGAAGCGAAAAAUUGAGAGGGAGAAGGAUGAGGAUGAGGUUGAUCCAACGGAGAUCGAUAAUCCAGCUACUGAUGUUUGGUUGAUGAAGAAUAAAAGGAGUCCUUGGGCAGGUAAAAAAGAGGGGGUGCAAACAGAGUUGACAGAGGAGCAAAAGAAGUAUGCAGAGGAGUAUGCAAAGAAGAAAGAAGAGAAAGGCCAUAAAGGUGAGAAAGGCGAGCACGUGGUGGAUAAGACUACCUUUCAUGGCAAAGAGGAGAGAGACUACCAAGGAAGGUCUUGGAUUGCACCUCCUAAGGAUGCAAAAGCAACGAAUGAUCAUUGUUAUAUACCAAAGAGAUUAGUACACACUUGGAGUGGGCACACAAAAGGUGUUUCAGCUAUUCGGUUCUUCCCCAAAUAUGGGCACUUAAUUCUCUCUGCAGGGAUGGAUACUAAAGUGAAGAUAUGGGAUGUGUUUAAUUCAGGAAAGUGUAUGAGGACAUACAUGGGCCAUUCUAAGGCAGUAAGAGAUAUUUCAUUUUGUAACGAUGGCACUAAAUUUUUGACUGCUGGAUAUGACAAGAACAUCAAGUACUGGGAUACUGAAACCGGGCAGGUUAUUUCUACUUUCUCAACUGGGAAGGUUCCGUAUGUAGUUAAGCUUAACCCUGAUGAAGAUAAGCAGAAUAUUCUUUUAGCGGGUAUGAGUGAUAAGAAGAUUGUUCAGUGGGAUAUUAAUACCGGACAAAUUACACAAGAGUAUGAUCAGCAUUUGGGGGCAGUGAAUACCAUUACAUUUGUGGAUAACAACCGGAGAUUCGUUACAUCAAGUGAUGACAAAUCACUUCGAGUGUGGGAAUUCGGAAUUCCUGUUGUUAUCAAGUAUAUAAGUGAGCCUCACAUGCAUUCUAUGCCAUCUAUUUCGCUUCACCCCAACACAAAUUGGCUUGCAGCUCAAAGUUUGGAUAACCAAAUUCUUAUUUACAGUACCAGAGAAAGAUUUCAGCUUAAUAAGAAAAAAAGGUUUGCUGGGCACAUUGUGGCCGGCUAUGCUUGCCAAGUCAACUUUUCACCAGAUGGACGCUUUGUUAUGUCUGGAGAUGGAGAGGGUAAGUGCUGGUUCUGGGACUGGAAGAGCUGCAAAGUUUUUAGGACUCUCAAGUGCCACGAGGGAGUUUGCAUUGGGUGUGAGUGGCAUCCUUUGGAGCAAAGUAAAGUUGCUACUUGUGGCUGGGAUGGCUUGAUUAAGUACUGGGACUAACUUUGUUUAGCAGACAUUCAUAUGGUGGAGGCAGCCAAGUCAUGAAGUUUAGAAAUGGGCAUCUCAAGGGUUGAAGUUUGUUUGUAGAACAUUAUGUACACUUACUAGCCUGCCAACUUUUUUUUUUCCUAUAAAAAAAAACCCUUAUAUGUGCAACAGUAGGUGCAUUAAGUCAUAAAAAGUAAUGAAACCAUAAUACUCUAAUCACUAUUUUGAAUGUAGGGGGGAAGGUGCAUAUAAAAGAUGUGUGUUGAAGUGAUGGAUGCAUGCAUUUUUCCCAAAUAUGGGAAAUGCAUGAGCCUUGGGAUGGAAAGACCACCGACCAAUGUCCAUGUCCCAAUAUAUAUUUAUAUAAUAUUAGAAUAGUCGUACGUCGUAAUACAUGUAUUUUGGUCUAAUUUAAUUUAUAGUCAAAAGUGGUGCUAUUUGCAGUCGUUCGUUCUUA